AUGCAACACAGGUUUCAAAACAAGAAAGGCCGAACAAAAGGUGAUGGUCCUAUUGAAAUCGGCUUAUGGGAUGGUGGAGCUCGGUUAAGGGCACCGUUUUGUACUAGACAAAGCUGGUGUAAUCCCUUUGAUCGUCAAGUGUGGAGAGUAAGCGAGUCCCGCCCCGAAGUUAGGUGCCAACUGAAUGGACCCAACCUCCGAGCCCUCUUGCGGCGCGCAACUCCUACACUUGUCCCAUUCCGAUCCAAAUGUUCCAUCACCCUAUAG